GCUUUAGGAAUAAAAACAUUGCUUUUCCAACAAACUCUAAAGACUAAAAUUGUAUUAAUUUUCUAAAUUAUCGCAUAAAAGAAGAUAUUGAUUUGUAGAAAAUUUCUUUCGCUCUAAAGAAGAGUAACAAUUAUAGCUAUGGCUACUCCAAAUGAAAUAAGCGAAGCCGACCAAAUAAAAACUUUCAAAGAGUUUUUGGUCCAAUACAACAAAUUAUCGGAGUUAUGUUUCAACGACUGUGUGCAUGAUUUCACAUCUCGAACAUUACGAUCAGCAGAGGAAAAAUGUGCAAUAAACUGCAUGGAAAAGUAUCUCCGGGCAAACCAAAGAGUGUCUCAGAGAUUCCACGAGUUUCAGAUGAUAGCUAACGAGAAUAUGUUAGCAAUGGCCCAGAAAUCAGGCAAUCCAAGUUAAAUUAUUUAUUGUAUUAUAAGCUUUAGUUAAUGUUCAUUUAAUUAUAUAAAAGAAUA